GGAUGUAUUUACCAAGCACAUUAAAUUUGAAGUGUUCAAAGUCGAGCCUGGUUUUUCUGGUUGUUUGUGAAACAAAUACUUUCUAAAGAAAAGUUGCUCUUUAAGUUUGUGCCAAGUGUCAGCCAGAACAGUAAUUACAGUCUGAUAUGUAGCACAACUUUUUUUCUUUUCUUUCUCACGCAAUAGUUAAACUGUAGCUUAUGUCUCUUAACACACACUCUGCUGUGUCAUGCCCGGUCAACCUGACUGUGAAUGUGCAUUUCUAGCUGUUGCAUAACUCAUAACCUCUACCCAGUGUUCUUACUUAUUGGUGUGUUUGUUUGCAACUUGGACUGAGAGAAAGAGCUGCAAAAAGAGUACAAUGGCACUCCUUCAGUGGCUUGGCCUGUCAUUCCUGGUGGCUGUCCAGUCCAGCGCCGUCAAGAACUGCCACCCCGGCUGUCACUGCGAGGUGGAAAGCUUCGGACUGUUCGAUAGCUUCAGUCUGACCAGGGUGGACUGCCGAGGCCUGGGUCCCAGUCUCUCCGUUCCCAUCCCCAUCCCUCUGGACACCACCCACCUGGACCUGUCCUCCAGCUCUCUGGGACCAAUCAGUGACGCCAUGUUUGCUGGGCCAGGUUACACCACGCUUGUUAGCCUGGACCUCAGCAGCAACUCUAUUACAAAGCUAAGUCCAAAUGCGCUGUCCAAGCUGCGUUACCUAGAGAGCCUGGAUUUGAGUCACAACAGCCUGGAGAGCCUCUCGCCGAGCUGUUUCUACGGGCUGCCUCUGUCUGAAGUCGACCUCAGCCACAACAGCUUCCACAAGUUCGACAUGGACGUGUUUGCCGGCAGAGUGAACGGGGAGCCCGUCAAUGUGGAUCUGUCUCAUAACAAGCUUGUGUCAGUCUCCCCCUCACUGCACGGGAAAACAGGGCACAUCCGUAGUUUAAAUCUGUCAGCAAAUCACCUGGCGAGUGCGCCGAGCCUGGCAGGACUUCAGCUGAGGUACCUCAACCUGGACGGAAACCCCAUCACACAGCUCAAGGAGGGAACAUUUGCUCAGCUCAAAGAUCUCGCUUAUCUAUCCAUCAGUGGCCUAGGCGAGCUGCAGGAGAUCGAGCCAAAAAGCUUUGCGGGCCUCCAGAACCUUCAGGUCCUCGAUCUCUCCAACAACCCUAAACUGAAGAGUCUGAGCCCCGCGGUUUUCACCGGACUGGACUCCCUGCAAGAGCUGAAUUUGUCUGGUACCGGGGUGGCGUCCUUGCCGACUACCAUGUUGGCCCACCUCCCCAGCGUUAAGAUCAUCACGCUGGGACGAAGCAUCCAGUGCUGGAGGAGCCAGAAACAGGGACAGUUCCACCGGCAGAUCGGACCAACGCAGCACGACGACGUGCUGAACUGUAACGUGCAGGGGGUCGUGUUGUGAGGCUGCGCCCGCAGACGGGAGCCGCUCCUUUCACUACUAAUUACAUAACUGUGCCUUAUCUGCUUCGAUAUGCAGCCUUGAGUUUUCCUCAGAAAUCUGUGUCAAGGUGACACUGUAUCUGUUAUCACAAUGCUGUACACGGUGUACUUUU